AUGCAUCAAUCGUCGUGGGAGGCUCGCGCCGCUGCGAAGCGGGCUGCGACCCUCGCAAAGAUCCCACCGCCGUGGAGACUUGCACCUCAAGACUUGGAGCGAGCCAGCGGGCAGCGCGACCUCACAGGCUCCUUCAUCAACGGGCUCCUGGACACGCAGACUGUUUCCAUCACAUCUUUGGAUAGCUUGCCGAUCCUCGAAUCCAUCAGGAGUGGAAAGUUGUCUGCGACUGAGGUUACAACUGCCUUCUGCAAGACGGCGGCCGUUGCCCAUCAAAUCAACAAUUGCCUCCACGAAAUCUUCUUUGACGAAGCAUUCGAUCGGGCUAAAUACCUGGACGACUACUAUGCCAAAAACAACAAGACGGUCGGACCACUCCACGGCCUCCCCAUCAGCCUCAAAGACCAGUUCCACGUCAAGGGCGUCGACACUACAAUGGGCUAUGUAGGUUGGAUCGGAAGCAAUCUCGGCAUCUCAGAGCCAAAGCAGAGACACAAAGUCGAGAGCCAGAUUGUCACGGAGUUACUAUCAUUGGGAGCAGUCUUGUUCUGCAAGACCAGCCUUCCCCAGACACUACUCUUCGGCGAGACCAAGAACAACCUCAUUGGACAGACACUGAAUCCUCACAACCAGAACCUGUCCUGCGGCGGCUCCUCUGGGGGUGAAGCCGCGUUGAUGACUCUCCGCGGGAGUUCUCUCGGAGUCGGCACCGACAUUGGGGGCUCGGUUCGUAUCCCUGCUGGCUUCUGCGGCGUCUUUUCCAUCAAGCCAACUCCAGAGCGCCUAUCGUACUGCGACGUGGCGAAUACAAACCCUGGUCAGAAUACUUACCGUUCGACUGUUGGAUUCCUUGGAACGUCGCUAGAUGCGCUGGAGCUUCUCUUGAAAUCCGUUCUCAGCAAGAAACCAUGGGAGCGUGACCCUUCGGUGGUGCCGAUUCCUUUCCGCCAGGAAGUGAUUGACUCGUACUCAUCUCGAGUAGACGAGCGAGGCCAUGUCAAGUCAACUGCGAAGCCUUUAAAGAUAGGCUUCUUGUGGACAGACGGUGUUGUUGGACCCCACCCCCCUGUUCUCCGAGGUCUGCGAAUUGUUCACGAUGCCCUCAAGAACCUUGGCCACAAGGUAGUAGAUUGGGAACCACCAUCACAAGCGACAGCCAAGAGGGUUCAUGUAUCCUUUCUCAUGGCUGAUGGUGCCUACGACAUCCAUCAACAUCUCGACCUGUCAGGAGAGCCCUUGAUUCCGGACCUAAGGCAGCCCUUUCAGCUUCGGCAACCAAUUGGAUUGCUGGAGUACCAGGAUUUAACCCUCCAAGGCCUUGCCUAUGAGCGCGAGUACUCUGACUACUGGAAUUCUACUGCAGAUGCAGAUGGCCAAGAAGUUGACGCGGUGAUUAUGCCUGUUGCUCCCCAUGCAGCCGUGAUUCCAGGAAAAUACUACCAUACCGCAUACACCGAGGCAAUCAAUCUGAUGAACUAUUCGGCCGCGGUAAUCCCUGUGACGCAAGCUGACGAGAGGACUGACGUCUUUGACGAUUCUUACGAGCCAUUGGGAGACAUGGACAAGCUCAACUGGCAAUCCUAUGACCCAGCCGUCUAUCAUGGGGCACCUGUCGGUGUCCAGGUUGUGGCGAGAAAGUUUGAGGAGGAGAAGGCCCUGGCGAUCGCUAGAAUUGUAUACACUGCGAUUCAGAGCAUCGAUGCCUUUUGA